AUGCCGCCGCCCCCUCCUCCUCCUCCUCCUCCUCCUCCUCCUCCUCCUCCUCCUCCUCCUCCUCCUCUCGCCACUCUUCAACUUCCUGAUGCAACACACGACGAAAUUCCCGUCUCUUUAAGAAAUUGCUCCAUAAGCGAUGUGUCAGACUCAGGAGCCCACAUGGGGUUAGAAGAGAUGAAGAUGCAGCCAGCCAUUCCUCCUUUCCAUGCCAAAGACAGUUCCGGCUCCUUUCCAGGUCUGGAAUAUGAGGCGUCUUCAUAUCUGCUACCUGGGUAUGAAGUACUGCAAUGCGGAGAUGUUGAGAAAUUGAUCAAAAGAAGCAGCAACCCUGAGCAACAACCAAUGUACUAUGUCAGCAUUGAAGAUACGUAUGAUGUUAUCAAACGCGCACAUAUUGCAACAGGCCACGGUGGUCGUGACCGAAUGAUGAAUGAGAUUGGUAAGAAGUAUGUCAACGUUACAAAAGACGCCAUAGAGCUGUUUAAAUCCUACUGUUAUGAAUGUCAAAAGAAACAUAAACGUCCACGAACGAAAGGAGUCGUAGUUCGUCCUAUUCUUACAAACGAAUUUGCAUCUCGGGCUCAAGUUGAUCUUAUCGAUAUGCAAUCAAUGUCCCAGCAUGCAUUCAAGUGGCUAUUGGUGUACCAGGAUCACCUCACUAAGUUUGUUAUUCUCAGAGCUUUGACUUCCAAGCGGGCUGCAGAAGUUGCUCAUAAUUUGUUGCAUAUUUUUCUUUUGAUAGGUGCACCCUCCAUCCUACAAAGUGACAAUGGUACUGAAUUUACGGCUGAAGUAAUUACGGAAUUGAAACUUUUCUGGCCGAGGCUUGUCAUGGUACACGGUAAACCUCGUCACCCACAGAGUCAAGGCUCUGUGGAGCGUGCUAAUGGAGACAUUAAGGAUAUGUUGGUGGCUUGGAUGGGCGAUAACGACACCAAUGACUGGUCCAUUGGCAUCAAGUUUGUGCAAUUUCAAAAGAACUCGAGCUUUCAUUCUGGAAUAGGUAGGGCACCAUACACAGCAAUGUUUGGUUGUGAUGCCAAAGUGGGUUUAGCUACGUCUUCAUUACCACAAGAAAUCAUCCAGCGCAUGCAAACUGAAGAUGACUUACUCGCUGCCAUCAACGCCGAGCAGCCUAUUGAUUUACAAGAAGAUUCUGCUGUAGUGACAAAUGACGAAGUCUUGCCUGCAGCAGCUGAUGAACAAAUACUACCUAGCGGUGUACCAAUCCCAAUUGAAGAUGACCCUGUUCUUAUGAAGAUGAACCUCCUGCUGCUGUGA